AUGGCUUCUACAGAUUCCUUGAUGAAAUCCAUCCCCCAGUUUUCAUCUGAUUUGGCUGUAGCAAGGAUGGACAGAACGGUUGCCGACUGGAAUCGCCAUGGAGUGUGUAAGCUCAACUGGGUUCGGUAG